AUGGCUUCCAACAACAGGGGCGCCUCCCUUGAAUCUUCUGAAGUCUAUCUCUCUGCCUUCGAGCAGAAUAUGAAGCGUAUCUGCAGUAUUGUCGUAGAUAUGGUGAACCGCAGUGGCCAAUUCACAGAAGACAAAGCCCUUGCGCAAUCCGGUCCCAUCAUCGCUGAACUCAAGACACAGCUUGAAGCCGCGAAUGGUCGUGUCGCUCAUCUCGAAGCUCGUCUCAAGGCCUCAGAGGCUGGUGCUACUCGGGCCAGGGUCGAUGCCGAGGCUCAUGUCGCUCGCUACACUACUAAUCUUGAGGCUCGCAACGUGCAUAUGGUCAACACUGUUACACAGACCGUUGAAAAGAUGAAGAGGGAUGCAGCCGCUCGAGUUGCCGCGGCUGAAACUCAUGCCCGUAGCUGCAUCGACGAACACCGGAACAAAAGUGACUCUCAGAUCCAGCAGUUGUCUCGAGAUCUCCAGCGUCAUAUUGACAUGCUCGGCCUUGCCCGAAAGCAUACCGGAUCGGUGGCACACAAACUGAUGUUUCUUGUACAAGAACUAAAGGAAAGGAAGCGCAAUCCCGACAAAACUCUUCUAGCAGAUUGCCUCAACGAAAUGUUGGAGGAACUCGCUGAGUACAGAAACAAUGUCGACCUCUUUGUCGACGACGGCCUCGUAGUCGAGAAUGAACCAGACUGGGGCCCUGUACCUGACGACGAAGGCGGCGCUCUCCUCAACAAAUCUUAUGGAAAGUCCUCUAAAGUCAUCUCAUCCAACAACCCUAAAGAGCGUACCAACCAAACCGGAGCCCCAGCCUCUCCCAGCGGUGGGGACACUACCAAGCAGAGCAGCCGUGAGGAAAGUUCUCUUUUCGUGGAUGAUCAACAGAGUCUUCAGAGCGAUGAGGGUUGCAUCAUCAAAUCUGAAGACGGUGACGAUGGGGACCACCAAACUCCCAUCGCUUCGUCUCUAUCUGCCAAGCGAGCCAGCGACUCUGGAGGCCGGGCUGGACGUGGUGGCAAGCGUCAGCGAACAAAGUAG